UGUGUAAUAAACAACUAGCACAUUAAUAAGGCAUGAAAAUCUCUCACCUUUCGGCGAAAUUUGCUGUAUCGAACCGUAUCGUUCUCAAUCGUAUCGAAUCGCUCGGCCUUAAAAAUGUAUCGCUUUUGAAUUGAAUCGAAACCUGUGUAUCUAGAUACAUAUCAAAUCGGCUUUAUGCCAAACCUUUAAAUACUGCCUAAAACUCAAAAUAACUAUCCAAAACCCAAAAAUAGACGACAUUGUGCUGUCCUCGCCAGGAUGUUGGAAAUAAGUCCAUGUGGUUUCCUGACUUUAUUCAGCUUCUCGUGACAUCAACACGUGCAGAAUGAAACAAAAAUAAAAAUUGAAUGAAAUCAGUUCGUCAAUAAUAGCAAUUCAAAUUUUGAUAACGCGCUGCUGAUACAGCAAUAACAAUAAACACAAACGAUUAGCACGUAUCAAUUAACCGUCCACACAUCAUUAAAAAAAAAUCACAUCAUCUCGCCCAAAGUAUUCGACCACAAUUGAAAACGCACAAGAAUCUGUACAAAAGGUGUUGCCUCUGGAUGCUUCGAAAGUAACAAACAUGCGCGCAGGGUCUUCCCUCUCUCACACUCGGUUUCUUCGUGGGAGCAAAUGGCUCUUCCUUGUGUGUGUGUGUGUGUGUGUGUGUAUUCGUGUUCAUCUUAGCGUGAACAAAUACGUUCUUCGUGUGUAAAUGCGCUCUGACUUGAAACCCUCGCGUGCGGAAGUACUGCCUGCCCUACAUUUCCUACGCCAAAAUAAAAGCAUGCAUCACAAAACAAAAGUCAACAUGAUGAAGACUGGAGACUCCAGCGUCCUAAAGUUUAAAUUACAUCAGUCUGAGUCCCGCAGACGUCACUGUAGAAGAACUUCACCCUGAGAAGCACAAUCCCGUCCACGUUAAACAGAAGGAGGAGCCUGACAUGCCGUUGAUCAAACAGGAGGCGGAGCCAGAGACCUCUGAUAUCAAAGAAGAAAAACAGGAAAUUGAAAUCCUCAAUUUUCCAAUGGGUGUCGGUGUGAAGAGCGAAGAAGACGAAGGACCAAGCGAAGAGAGCGGAGCAGCGAACCCUUUGAGCGACAGCUCAUUUCAGCACCAGACAACAAAAGGAGAGCAACCGGACGGCCUCUUAGCUCCGCUUUCGGACAGCGAUGACUCAACGUCACAUUCUUCUGACUUUAAUACUGAUGAGGAGGAGCAUGACUUUGACCAAAAUGCUUCAAAAUCCUUAGACAAGUCAUCAUUUAAAAGAGACGCAAAGGAAGGCGUGGUUGGGAAACGUUUUCCCUGCUCACUUUGUGAUAAAACAUUCUCCACGAAGGCAAAAUUAAACACACACACAAGAAGACACACUGGAGAGAAGCCUUAUGCCUGCACACUUUGUGAUAAAAAAUUCUCCACGAAGGCAAAAUUAAACACACACACAAGAAGACACACUGGAGAGAAGCCUUAUGCCUGCACACUUUGUGAUAAAAAAUACUUUACAAAGGAAAAUUUGAACUAUCACACAAGAACACACACUGGAGAGAAGCCUUUUGCCUGCACAUGUUGUGGUAAAAGAUUCACCCAUCAGGGAGAUUUAAAAAAACACACAAGAAAACACAUCGGAGCGAAGCCUUAUGCUUGCACACUUUGUGAUAAAACAUUUCCUUUUAAACGCUACUUAAGGGCACACAUGCGUAGACACACUGGAGAGAAGCCUUUUGCCUGCACACUUUGCGAUAAAAAAUUCUCCACGAAGGCAAGAUUAAACACACACACAAGAAGACACACUGGAGAGAAGCCUCAUGCCUGCACACUUUGUGAUAAAAAAUACUUUACAAAGGGAAAUUUGAACUAUCACACAAGAACACACACUGGAGAGAAGCCUUUUGCCUGCACACUUUGUGGUAAAAGGUUCACAAGUCAGGGACAUUUAAACAGUCACACAAGAACACACACUAGAGAGAAACCUUUUGCCUGCACAUGUUGUGGUAAAAGAUUCACCCAUCAGGGAGGUUUAAACUAUCACAUAAGCACACACACCGCAGAGAAGCCUUAUGCCUGCACACUUUGUGAUAAAAAAUACUGCACGAAGGUAGUAUUAAACCUUCACACAAGAAGACACACUGGAGAGAAGCCUCAUGCCUGCACACUUUGUGAUAAAAAAUACUUUACAAAGGAAAAUUUGAACUAUCACACAAGAACACACACUGGAGAGAAGCCUUUUACCUGCACACUUUGUGGUAAAAGGUUCACAAGUCAGGGACAUUUAAACAGUCACACAAGAACACACACUAGAGAGAAACCUUUUGCCUGCACAUGUUGUGGUAAAAGAUUCACCCAUCAGGGAGGUUUAAACUAUCACAUAAGCACACACACCGCAGAGAAGCCUUAUGCCUGCACACUUUGUGAUAAAAAAUACUGCACGAAGGCAAAAUUGAACAGACACACAAGAACACACACUGGAGAGAAGCCUUUUGCCUGCACAUAUUGUGGUAAAAGAUUCACCCAAAAGGAAAAUUUCAGCAUUCACACAACAACACACACUGGAGAGAAGCCGUUUGCCUGCACACUUUGUGGUAAAAGAUUCACCUGUAAGGGAGAUUUAAACAAACACACAAGCACACACACCGGAGCGAAGCCUUAUGCCUGCACACUUUGUGAUAAAAAAUACUCCUCGAAGGUAGUAUUAAACCUUCACACAAGAACACACACUGGAGAGAAACCUUUUGCCUGCACACUUUGUGAUAAAAAAUACUCCACAAAGGCAUAUUUAAACAAACACACAAGAACACACACCGGAGCGAAGCCUUAUGCUUGCACACUUUGUGAUAAAAAAUACGCCACAAGGGAAUAUAUAAACAUUCACAUGAGAACACACACGGGAGAAAAGCCUUUUGCAUGCUCACUUUGUGGUAAACGAUUUGCUCGGAAAGGACAUUUAGUAAGCCACGCAAGUAGCCACACUGGCGUGUGACAAAAUAUUCUGAUUCCUGCAUUUACAAUGGAAAAAGCAUUUCAAUUUCAUUAUUCGGUUUUUCGCGAGCCUCUUUUGAAAAAGUUGUUCAUGAUUUUUCAGGCGCUGUUCUUUUUUACAACUAUCCAAUUCAUAUAUGGCAGAAAACAGACAAGGUUGAAAUGGCAGUUUCUGCUCUUGCACCCCUCUUUAAAAUAAACUGCUGUAUUUUAAGCCAAAACAGCUGUUGUGUUUGAUAGAACCAUAUGUCUCAGGGGUUGCGUUAGCCGAAUAUUUUCCGUCGUUGACCGGUUUUUUAAAACGGUGACGGAAAAAACUGAAGUCCAUCCGUCAUUUCGACAGGUUGCAAUUCACACCCACAGGGUGGCAAGUGAGCAUAUUAAUUAGGUAUUGUCUCUCUUAAUGCAUGACGCCGUUGGCCUUACUCGGAAAAAUGUUAAGGCAACUGAGUGUUUGCCUUGCACGGCCAGACUGUUCUCCCUGUAUUUUUCAAACACUGAGAGAAAAGUCUGGGACACAGCCUCUCGAGAAGGUACAAAAUCAAUCGACAAAUCAGAUUUGUUUAUUUGCGUGACGUGUUCUUCACGAGCAACGUCACUUUUGCGCGCCGAAAGUCGUCUCUAGAACAACACAGAUGGCGAACGGGAGGGCCGAGAAUAUGUUCCAAUCCGCGGUAAAUUCAGUUUUAAAUAAGCUAAAACACAACGAGUCAUUGACAAGUCUGUCUCUCGCUAGCCAUGUUGAAUAAACUCCGUUCUCCUCGUAUGUUUACUUCCGCGCGCAAGUCCCUCGUCCUGCCCUUGUCGCUUUGAUAGCGGCACGUCUGCCCGUCGCUGAUUGGUGAACUCCGCUGUCUGUUUGCCUCUUGUUAAGUGUAGAAAAGGCUACAAAGUUAUGUGAUUGUUUGCUUAAGAUGUUCACAGUUGCUCGUUCAAUGCCUUCAGCAUCAUUUGAUUCCCACAUUUGGCUGACGUAAAUAGGUGAAAAGUUGGAUUGCGCAUGCACCGUACCAGAAUGCGGAUGUCAAUAGUAAGAAAGUCACGGGUGGAUGCACGACAUGAGCGUGCGUCUAAUUGUGUGUUUGUUCAUUGCUGUGCGUAAAUGCAAAGUGAGUAUCACAAGCAGCAUUCAUAUUUACGUAGACAAUUUGUUAUGAUUACCUUUUGCUGUUGUUAUGAUAGUUCGUCCGAUUGUUUUGCGUGGUAGUCCGUUAGCGUGUUGCUAUGCUGCGAUUCUAAAAUAGCGACACGUUGCGGCAUAGCGCACCGGAAGUAGAGUGAAUCCGCCUUCACAAUAAGUGCCCGGAACCGGAAGUGCUUAGCUGGAGCGUAGAAAAUAGUUCAAGCUUAACUUCGAAUAUUCCAUCUACAUGUUUAAAUGUAAUUAAGUUGAAUUUAAGCAAUGUAUAUUUAUUUAUUGUUUCUUUUCAUGUCUUUUGUACAGAUAAACCACACACACAGAUACACACAUAUAUACCCACAAACACCUACUCAAGAAUAUAACCAUUUCCACAUCUACAUGGACAGUUGGGAUGAAUGGACUGUAUAAAGUUGAUUUAAGAGGAUUUGCAUUAAAGAAAAAGGAGAAAUCCAGCCACCUGUCCAAGUGCCGUGAUUGCCUCUACUUUGAGUGGGCCUUAAGUGGUGUUUGGCCUACACACUGACGUGAACACAGCUAAAAUCAACCUGAAUCAGCGAGAAUCCAGUUUUCUCCACUACAUUAAGCUUAUUCGGACAGAAUAUUAAUUAAAAAUGAAUGAAAACUAAAUACUAUAGAAUAUGUCAUUAUUAUCAUUUUAAAAAUGUAAGUGACUGGUAAAAAUAGAUUAUGACCGGAUUUUUAUGACACUGUCAGUCAAAAUGACAGACAACGAAAAAGUCUAGCGCAACCUCUGAUAUGUCUAUAUGCUGCCAGAGCAGAAUCAUGGCACAUUAAGCCCCUGAACUAUUUUUAAUAUGUCCGGUUUACACUGAAAACCCCCGUUUACAGAUCUCUUGCAACUGCUUUUGUUUCAACCCAGCCAAAAAAAGAA